AUGAUUCCAAUGUAUGAAGAAGAGAAAACUUCUGAAAUGAAGCAGAGCAGAUUCAAUCUGAAAGUCCUUAUAAGUACUUUAACGGCAACCAUCAUUACAGCUGUAUUAUGUAUAGCUAGUACAAAACUAUACAAUAGAGAGCCAGACUCUUUGUCGCUACUCAGGGAACUUUAUGAUGACAAAAAUAAUAUCUGCCCAGUCACAGAAAAGAUGAUUCCUAGCAAAAGUGAACAAUUCUCUGAGUUGGAUUAUUUUCGAACAUCCAAAUACAAAAAUCAUUCAGUUGAAGUUUGGGGUAAUGCAGUAAGAAUACCAUCCAUGACAUAUGACAAUUAUCCAGAAAAUGGAGAUGAUCACAAAUUUGAUAUUUUCUACAAGAUGGAAAGCUUUAUUAAGAAAUCCUUCCCCCAUAUCAUCUCAAAAUCAGAAUUAAUACAUAUAAACACACAUGCUUUAAUAUUUAUUAUUCAUGGCAAGAAUAAAGAAUUAAAACCGAUUUUACUUACUGCACAUCAAGAUGUCGUUCCGGUUCCCCCCGAGACUGUAUUAAGAUGGAAAUAUCCUCCAUUUGAAGGUCAUUUUGAUGGACAAUAUCUAUGGGGAAGAGGUGCUGCAGAUGACAAGGAUCAUUUUAUAUCUAUGAUGGAGGCUGUGGACCAUUUACUCUCUCAAGGAUUUACUCCAAAGAGAACUAUUAUAAUAGGGUUGGGAUUUGAUGAAGAGAUUGAAGGCACACGAGGUGCAAAGUUGAUUAAUGCUUAUCUUCUUAAAAGAUAUGGUAAAGAUUCCAUAUUUUUCAUUUCAGAUGAGGGUGGUAUGGGUGUUCAAGAUAUGUACGGUGCAAGACUAGCUCUUCCAUCUACUGGUGAAAAAGGAUACAUUGAUAUUACUAUCGAAUUAGCUACAACAGGUGGUCAUGCUUCUAUUCCUCCUAGACAUACCGCUAUUGGGAUUAUGUCUGAACUUGCCACACUUAUAGAGUCAAAACCAUAUGAACUUAGACUAACGACCAAAAAUCCAUUUUAUGUUCAACUUCAGUGUAUGGCAACCAAAGGAAAAGAUAUGGAUCCUUUGUUACGGAAUAGUAUAAGAGGAAUGGAUUACAGUCCUCGGGCAAAAAAAAUGGUCUUGGACACAUUAGACAAAGAUAUCAUGACCAGGUAUCUUGUCUCUACUUCCCAAGCCAUAGAUAUCUUUGAUGCUGGUAUUAAAAUCAACGCUUUGCCAGAGAAAGUGAUUAUGAAAAUCAAUCAUCGUGUUGGUUAUGAUUCUUCUCUUGAAGAAGUUAAACAAACUGUUCUGGAAAAUGCAAAAAUCAUUGCUAAAAAGUAUGAACUUGCAAUUAAUGAUUAUGAUAGUAUUAAGUCGUCAGGAUUUUCUGACAUUCCGAUAGGGGAAUUCACCCUUUCUACGGAUGUUAAUUUGGUUCCAGCACCAAAAAGUCCUGCCAGUGGCGAUUCUUGGAAUAUAUUUGCUGGCUCAUUGAAAUAUAUUUACGAAGAUUUUGCCAUAUACCCAGAUGCAGAUCCUAGUAUUGGAAAGGAAGUCACGGUAGCACCAUCCGUGAUGAGUGCUAAUACCGAUACAAAGUAUUUCUGGAAUCUCACUGAUAAUAUUUACAGGUUCUCUCCAUUCAGAGGUCAAUGCUCAAAAAAUUGGCAUGCAAUAGAUGAAAGAGUCGACCUUGAUUCACAUAUUGAGUCAGUCGCAUUCUUUUAUACUCUAUUGAGAAACGUGGAAGAGUAUGAUUCAAAUUUCUAA